ACUUCCGCUCUUCAGGUUGAAAGGCAAAUAUCGAUAACGCUUUCCCUCUACUGACCACAAGAGAGACAUCGCGCAAUGAAGAAGCUAAUCUUAUCAAAACUUGGUUGUCUUUUGUGACAUUAGAUCUCAUCAAAGCUGUCAGAGCCUGUAAAACAGCUGCAGAAGAAAGAGCCGUAAUACAGAAAGAAAGUGCCAAUAUUAGAACAGCAUUUAAAAACGAGAAUCCUGACACUCGCCACACGAAUGUGGCUAAACUGUUGUACAUUCAUAUGCUGGGCUAUCCUGCUCAUUUCGGACAGAUGGAAUGCUUAAAGCUGGUAGCCAGUCCCAAGUAUGCUGAUAAGCGUCUGGGUUAUUUGGGUAUUAUGUUACUCAUUGACGAAAAGACAGAGGUUUUGACACUUGUUACCAACAGCUUGAAAAAUGAUUUGAAUCAUAGCAAUAUGUAUAUUGUUGGCCUUGCACUUUGCACCAUGGGUAAUAUCUCCUCGUCUGAAAUGGCUCGUGAUUUAUGCUCUGAAGUAGAAAAAUUAAUGGGCAGUUCAAAUACAUAUAUCCGUAAAAAGGCUGCAUUAUGCGCUUUGAGAAUCAUUUCAAGAGUUCCUGAAGUAGCAGAAAACUUUAUAUCCAAAGCAAAGUCAUUGCUGAACGACCGUAGCCACGGAGUUCUCAUCACCGGUAUCACUUUGGUGACAGAAAUGUGUCAACAAAACCCAGAAUACAUUUCGAUCUUUAAAAAGGCAGUCCCUCUUUUAGUCAGACAUUUGAAGAACUUGGCAAGUGCAGGGUUUUCCCCUGAACAUGAUGUGACAGGUAUCACGGAUCCCUUCCUUCAAAUCAAAAUCUUGAGACUUUUACGUAUAUUAGCCAAGAAUGAUCCUGAGGCGUCAGAAUCCAUGAAUGAUAUACUCGCCCAAGUCGCCACAAACACAGAGAGCAACAAAAAUGUCGGCAACUCUAUCCUGUAUGAGACGGUUUUAACCAUCAUGGAUAUCCAAAGUGAAGCUGGCUUACGUGUAUUGGCCGUAAAUAUCUUGGGUAAAUUCUUAAGCAACAGAGACAAUAACAUUAGAUAUGUUGCGUUAGAAACCCUGAACAAAACAGUGAAUAUUGAAACGCAAGCGGUACAAAGACACCGUAAUAUCAUUCUUGAUUGUCUUCGUGAUGGCGAUAUUUCCAUUCGUCGACGUGCUCUCGAGUUGAGUUUUGCGUUGAUUAAUGAAGGCAACGUCCGCGUAUUAACCCGCGAGCUAUUGGCCUUCCUCGAAGUAGCCGACACAGAGUUUAAGCAAGGCAUGACAACCAAGAUCUCGCUUGCCGCUGAACGCUUUGCCCCCAAUCGUAGAUGGCAUAUCGACACCAUGCUUCGUAUGCUGAAAUUAGCAGGCGGAUACGUGCGUGAGGAAGUACUUGCAGGAUUUAUUCGUCUUGUUGCACAGACUUCCGAAUGGCAACAGUAUACAGUGCAAAAAUUAUAUGCAGCCUUGAAGCAAGAUAUCUCUCAGGAAGCAUUGGUUCUAGCGGGUGUUUGGGUGAUUGGCGAGUAUGGCGAUGUAUUGAUCGAGAGCGGUCAUUUCGACGAGGAAGAAGGAGUCAGCAUUGAAGUGUCUGAUAUUUUGGUGGUAAGGUUAUUAGAAUCCAUUUUGAUGGGCCCUUAUGCCAAUCAAGUGACACGUGAAUACGUCAUGACGGCUUUAAUGAAACUUUCAUCACGCUUGAGCGGCAACGAAGCGCAAGCCAAAGUGAAAGAAUUACUCAACCGAUAUACUGUCAGUAUGGAAGUAGAAAUCCAGCAACGAUCCGUCGAAUAUACCAAUCUGUUCUCUUAUGAUUCCAUUCGCCCAGCUGUGUUGGAGAGAAUGCCUGUGCCUGAAAAGAGAACGAUCAUUGAAUCUACGACAUCAGCAGAUACGGCAGGCGAAGCAUCCGGCAACGGCGCUGCAGGUCCGUCUGAUCAAGAUUUGCUCCUUGAUCUGAUGGGUGUCGGUACCAGCGGAGGCGGAGGCGGAUCAGAACAAGCGGAGGCCUCAACGAGCAUGCCUGACAGUGGAAUGCACACGACCGCUACAACCAACACUGCUGCUGCUGCUGCUGCCAAGACAAACAACGCCGAUUUGUUGGCUGACUUAUUUGGAGGGGGAUCUACUCAGACAGCCUCCACAACGACGACCCGUCAUCCUACAGCCUCUGCUGAUACAUCGAGUAGUCUAUUGGAUCUAUUAGGCGGCGAUGGUAGCAGCGCUGCAAACAAUCAACCCACCACCUCUCCUUCUAUGUCCAAUCACAGUAAUAUUCUUAGUAGUCCAUCAAGUCAUAAGAAUUUAUCUGCAGCAUCCUCCCCUGUCGUGUCUACUUUAUACCAGAAACAAUCCACCAACGCAGCAGCUGGUUACGAGGCGUUUUCUAAGGACGGCUUAACCAUCCGACUUUUACCUUCUCGAGAUCGAUCCAACUCAAAUAUUAUCAAUAUUCAAGCAUUAUUUUCGAAUAACGGUUCACAAGGAGUCGUUCGUGAUUUACAAUUUCAAGCGGCUGUACCAAAGAGUCAACGUCUACAAAUGAAUGCACCAAGUAAUACAGAAGUACAACCCAACACCACUGAAAAGCAGUUGAUGAGAAUAAAUAACCCACAACAGACUACUGUCAAACUUCGUUUGCGUAUCUCUUACGUGGUCAACGGAGAAAAGAAGGAUGAAAUUGCACAGUACGGACCGUUCCCCGAAGGAGCAUUUUAGCCCAAUGUGCUUACCUGAACCCGCUUGAAGAAUGCAUUCUUUCAUACACAAACCGCCACUCAUAAUCAAAAAAGUAUGCUUAUACGUCCCCUCCCCUCCUCUCCUUUUGUACAACAUAAAAAUAAAUAGAUGCGUUAGGUCUAAAGUGGCAGAAAUGCUCCU